AUGUAGCAGCAGCAGCAGCAGCAAGAGCCGCCGAGCGGUGCUUACUUGCCUCCCUCUGCCGACUGUCUGCAAGUGACACGCCGCGGCGAGCAGGAACAUGGCGCUGGGAGCGAUGUAACGGAGCAGGAGGAAGAAAUGCAGCCCGAGCUCGCUUGACAACUAGCCGGCAGCCUCUAGGUUUUUCCACCAUGUUUGGAAAGAAAAAGAAAAAGCUUGAAAUUUCUGGCCCUUCAAAUUUUGAACACAGGGUACACACUGGAUUUGAUCACAGAGAACAGAAAUUCACAGGACUACCUCAACAGUGGCAUAGUUUACUGGCGGACACAGCAAAUAGGCCAAAGCCUAUGGUGGAUCCUUCAUGCAUCACACCCAUCCAACUGGCUCCGAUGAAGACCAUCGUUAGAGGAAAUAAACCUUCCAAGGAUACUUCAAUCAAUGGCUUGCUCGAAGAAUUUGAUAAUAUCUCUGUGACACGUUCCAACUCGCUCCGGAAAGAGAGCCCUCCCACCCCUCGCCUGGGACACUCCAAUCACAUCGAAAUCCACCAGCAAGAAAAUGGCUACAUCACGUAUUCCCAGUAUUCGAGUGAGUCAGAGACCACUGUGGACUUCCUCACUGAGAAAUACAGAGACAAGAGUGUUCAUGGGGAAGAGUUGGACAGAUACUCCAAAGGCAGCUGUGCUGCCAAACAAAAUGGGCACGUGGCAAAAAUGAAGCCCAGCGAAAUGUAUUUUUCAGAAGCUAAGCCCCUGAAGUCUGAUAUCUCUAGGUUCUUGCCAGAUUAUCAUGCUCACAUGGAAACAAAAAGCAAACCGAAUGAGUAUGGUGGCCUGAAGCUGGAGUAUGAGAGGGCUCCUAGUGGAUCUUCUCUGGAUUAUAAAGAAUCUUUUCAUUACACUCCUUCUAGAACUUCCAUUCACAGUCAUUGCUCAGGAGAGAUACUAGAAUACAGUGACAGCGAUUGGGCCAAGGAUGAUUAUGACAAAAGGCCAAAGUCAUCCUAUGUAAACCAGACAAGCCCUCAACCUGCCAUGCGACAGAGGUCCAGGUCAGGCUCUGGUCUCCAAGAGCCACUCAUGCCCUAUGGAGCAAGUGCUUUUAAGUCCAAUCAGCAAGGCCAUUCGUAUAGUUCAUAUACCUACCCUCGAUUAUCAGAAACAGCAGCAGGCAUUCCAAAGCUGGAUUACGAUCGAGCACAGAUGGUUGUAAGCCCACCGCUGUCUGGAUCAGACACUUACCCCCGAGGCCCAACAAAGCUACCUCAAACUCAAAGCAAAGUCUCCUAUUCAGGCAGUGGCUACCAGUACCCAGCAGUCUAUCACAAAUUCUCUCACUAUCACCACCAGCCGUCUCUGCAGCCAAGCUCACAUUACAUUUCCACAGCUUCUUACCCGAGCUCCCCGAGCGUCACUUCAAGUGCUUAUCCUCCACCAAGCUGGGGCUCAUCCUCAGAUCAGCAGCCCUCCCGGGUGUCACACGAGCAGUUCCGAGCAGCCUUGCAGCUGGUGGUGAGCCCCGGAGACCCUCGAGAGUACUUGGACAACUUCAUCAAAAUUGGGGAAGGUUCCACCGGUAUAGUUUGCAUCGCCACAGAAAAACACACAGGGAAGCAAGUUGCGGUGAAGAAAAUGGAUCUCAGGAAGCAGCAAAGAAGGGAACUGCUCUUCAAUGAGGUUGUAAUAAUGAGAGACUAUCAUCAUGAGAAUGUAGUCGACAUGUACAACAGUUACCUUGUGGGAGAUGAGCUGUGGGUGGUUAUGGAAUUUCUGGAAGGUGGCGCUUUGACAGACAUAGUGACUCAUACAAGAAUGAAUGAAGAACAAAUUGCUACAGUUUGUCUGUCCGUACUAAGAGCACUGUCCUACCUGCACAAUCAAGGAGUGAUUCACCGGGAUAUAAAGAGCGACUCUAUACUUCUCACAAGUGAUGGGCGAAUAAAAUUGUCAGAUUUUGGGUUCUGUGCCCAAGUUUCAAAAGAUGUUCCAAAAAGGAAAUCACUUGUUGGAACCCCAUACUGGAUGGCACCUGAAGUGAUCUCUAGACUGCCUUAUGGAACUGAGGUGGAUAUCUGGUCCCUCGGCAUCAUGGUAAUAGAGAUGAUAGAUGGAGAGCCACCUUAUUUCAAUGAGCCACCUCUCCAGGCCAUGCGCAGAAUCCGAGACAAUUUACCGCCAAGAGUGAAGGAUCUGUAUAAGGUGUCCUCGGUACUCCGCGACUUUUUAGACUUGAUGCUGGUGAGGGAACCUUCGCAGAGAGGAACAGCCGAAGAACUGUUGAGACACCCGUUUCUGAAACUGGCUGGGCCUCCUUCUUACAUAGUGCCUCUCAUGAGGCAAUACAGGCACCACUAAAUCUAGCAAGGUUUUUUUCCUUUUUUCUUCUUCUGGGGGAGUUGGAUGAAAACUGUCAAGUAAGCUGAAGUCACUCAUGAGCACCAUUGCUAAGCCAGCACCGCAGGUAUGGCUCCUCACACAAUGAAGGAGACUUCUCCGGGUUUAUGAAGAUUUUCCUUUGCUUGGAAACCAGGCAUGUUGACAGUUAAUACUCUAGCAUGGGAUGCACCUUCCACAAUCCGUUGGUAUUUUUAGCCUGUCAACUAUCAAAGCAGAGGGAUGUUACUUCAAACUCUUCUUGAAAUGUGGGGAAGAUGCUUGUAGCACAACCCAGGUGGAAUACCGGAAUUUUAUUUAAAACUGGAGCAAAGCACCACUUCUUCUUCAGAAGGAUACUUUUUUUCUGACAAAAACAAACAAACCAAGCACUUUUUAUCUCAGUUGUAGCAGUGUGAUGUAUUUUGAAAUGAAUUUGUAAUUUUCUGUACAUUGCUUUUGAUAAUUUACAGUACUUUGAUGUCAUAGCGAUAGUGCUAGUAGAGGUGAUAGGUGUAACUUAACAACCAUUUGAGCGAGAUCUUUCCUACUUUUUUAUCCCUUUUGAUGAUAAAGGAACACGCACCCACGCAAAAACAAAACACUUUAAUAGUUCAGAAUGUUAACAAGAACGGUUCAUCCAUGCCGGUCAAAUGUGCGUCUUCAUUUUGCAAACGUUCAAAUUUCUGUGCAAUACCAUAUACUUUUCCCCCUUGGAAAUCAUGUGUAAAGAUUUCAGUAUUGUCCUGAAGCAAUGGAUACCUUGCAAAAGGUCCUUAUGCUAAGUGCUGAAUCACAUGUCUAUAUUUAUCACAUGAAAUCUGCAACUAUUGUGUGGUGGCAUAUCAGAUCAUCAGCUACCACAGAAAAUGCACAGCGGAGAUUUGCUUGCCAAGAAUGAAGCUUUCCCACCUCUCAUUGUGAACGUUGGUCCCGCAUAUUGUAAUAGCAGUGGCUGCAGCUGAGUGACACUGCUUCCUGCAUGUGCAGACAGCUGGGUGAUUUUCCUCACUUGCAAACUCUAGCAGCCCUGCCAUUGCCUUUUCUUAGGCUGGAUCCACACGGUUUGUGAAUGCCAAAAUAAAUGCAGCCGACUGCCAAUCAUGUGCUGUGCUCUGCCAGGGGCUCAGCACAUCACCUGUUUUUCCUGCCUGUGUCCGACAGCAGGAGCAGGAGCUGCUGUGCAUGUAACAAACCAAACUAGCUAACAAAUAUGUAGCUGUGUUCCAUCUGAUGAGUUGCACAGAUGUUGCCCAGGCCCAGCUGUGUGUAAUAAUUUGUAAUUUAGCAGCAGGGGUGUUUGGGUUGGAGCAAACAAAGCUGUCCUGUUUGUGCAAGGACUUGCAGUUGUAUUUACAGAAGUUCCUUUCCCUCUCUUCCCCCCACACGCUGCCACAGAUCUGUCCAGAGGGUUGGGGCUCACACAGGGUGAGCAGAGGAAGGAGAAGUUCCAUUGUGCAAGCAGAAGUCCUUGCGUAAAUAGAAUGACUUUGUUGGAUGCGACAUUUUGAGUACACAAACAAAAGCACCCAGUUGCACGCCCAGCAACCUGCACCACUGUUCAGCAGUUACAAUUUCACAUCAUCCUUUCUAGCCCAAAAUAUGAUGAGUCCAACCAUCCCCAACUCGUCCGCAAGAGAAAGGCUUGGGCUCAGCUAGCAAUAUGGGCAUUUCUUUGUUUUAGUCUGUACUGAUGACUGUAGUGUCGCAAUAUUCGUUUUUAUUAUUUAGAGUCAUGCUUUGGAAGUCAAACGCUGACUCAAGAAGUCCAGCCAGUGAGUGGGCAUUUUCCAAGUUAAAAUCCAAGUGUUGUAAGAUUCCUGUUGAUGUGUUUGCCAUACAGGGGGAAAUGCUGUCUAAACCAUGUUGGAAUGUGAAUUCAGCAGUGACUGCUACAACCAAUUUUGUGUUGCUUGUUGAAUAGAUUUGCAUGUUUACCAUAGGCCUAUAGAGAGUUGCCUUUAAAAGUGCUUCAUAAUUAUUUCAAUGA